AUGGAGUCGAGCCUGUACCGGUUCAAAGACAUCAAGCCGGUGGUGAACGCGAAGGAGCUGGUGGACGUGGUGCUAUCCCGGACGCAGAGGAAGACGCCCACGGAAAUCCACAAGGGGUUCAAAAUCACGCGAAUAAGGAACUUCUAUAUGAGGAAGGUGAAGAUGUGCCAGGAGCUCUUCCGAGAAAAGUUGCAAACCACCAUAAAUGACUUCCCCAAGCUGGACGACAUCCACCCGUUCUACGCGGACUUGGCGAACAUACUCUACGAUAGGGAUCACUACAAAUUGGCACUGGGCCAAUGCAGCUACACAGUAAAGUCAGUGAAACGUAUCUGCCAGGAUUAUAUAAAGCUCUUAAAAUUCAGCUCCUCUCUGUACAAAUGCAAGAUGCUUAAAAUCAGUGCCUUAGGGCGUAUGUGCAAAAUGGUGAAGAAGUUACAACCCAGUUUGGUAUACUUAGAAGAAGUGAGGCAGAACUUAACCCGGCUCCCAUCUAUAAACCCACAUAAGAAGACGAUUUUAUUAGCAGGUGCUCCCAAUGUGGGGAAAUCCUCAUUCAUUAACAUGGUCUCUCGAGCCAAUGUAGAGGUGCAGCCGUAUUCCUUCACGACGACCAAUUUGUAUGUAGGCCACUUUGAUUUUAAGAUGAAUAGAUUCCAAGUGGUUGACACUCCAGGGUUGCUAGACCGCUCUCUAGAAAAUAGGAACACCAUAGAGAUGACCACCAUCACUGCUCUUGCACACAUCAAUGGAGUUAUCCUUUUUAUUGUGGACAUUAGUGAGGAGUGUGGGAUGUCCAUUAAAGAACAGGUGAGUCUUUUCCACUCCAUUAGGACUCUCUUUCGGAACAAGUCAGUCGUAAUUGGGUUUAACAAAAUUGAUAGAACGAAUUUGGAUGGCCUCUCUGUGGAGAACAAGAUGCUAAUAAAACAAAUCAUCGAUGACGCGAAGGUCCCCGUCAAGUUCUGUUCCUUCAGUACGCUCACUGGGGUUGGCGUGGAGCAGGCCAAGGUGGUCGCUUGUGAUUUGCUCAAAUCGGAUCACGCUGCCGAGUUCCAGCUCGAUCGCGAAAAUUUGCUCAGCGCCAAGUUGGGCCAGAGCAGGCUCAGCAGGGACCGCGCGCCCUUCAUCCCGGAGUCCGUCAUCAGGGAGAGGCGAGAGAAGCGGGAUAACGCAGCGAAGGAGAGCGUAGCGAAGGAGGGCGAAGCGAAGGAGGGCGAAGCGAAGGAGGGCGAAGCGAAGGAGGGCGAAGCGAACACGGUUGACGCGGACCAUGCCGCGGACCACGCUGACCAAACCGCCGCUCACGCCGCUAAUACCGCUAAUGCCGAUAAUGCGCCCCUCACGAUGCGCGAGGCGAAGCUGAGGAAGAAGAACAAGUCCAGGCAGAGCUACCUGAGCAACCGCAAGGACGACCGCGUCCUGCAAAUAGACCUGCAAAACGAGCGCGGAGGCGCGGGCGUCUACUCCGUCGACGUCAGGAGCGUCUACGACAUCAAGGAGGAGCACAAGUAUGACGUCAUCCCAGAAAUAUAUAACGGAAAAAAUAUCAGCGAUUUUGUAGAUUUGGACAUAGAGCAAAAGUUGCUAGAAUUGGAAAAGGAGGAGCAGGAAAUGUUCGACCAAGACGCAGAGAUAGACCCCAUGUGGUUUAAAACGAAAAGGAUUUUGGAGCGCAUGGCCCUCCGACUGAAGGGAAUGAAGCUCAGCGCCAAGUUAAAUGAGGAGAAGCAACCCCUUUAUCAUAAGAAGAACAAAACAGUUGACGAGAUGGGCAAAAAAUUGGAUGCCCUGAAACUGGACAAGGAGAAGGUACUCAGGAGUAUGACCGAGCGGGCCAGGAGAAAGGGCACACUAAACGGAGCGGCCACGAAUAAUGGCGAGUCGAAGGCAUCCCCCAAAAGCCUCCUACCCGCGCAGAAAGUCAAAAAGGACAUUUGCAAGAAGAAACAACUUAAGGAUAACGUGUACGGAGACCCAACCAAGAAGGCCAAGAUUUUCCAGAGCACGUCGACCGAGCUGCAGAGGAGAAAGGCCUUCAAGCUCAACAAAGCUGCGUACAGGAAGAUCGAGAAGGGAACCAAGGGCGAGGCGGACCGCUCCAUCCCCGCGAAGAAGCCGCGGCACUUGUUUUCGGGCAAGAGGUCCAUCGGCAAGACCUCCCGGCGAUGAGCCCCCUGCGCCCCGAAGGGGAAGGAAGGCCCAUAAGAAGAAUGCCACAAAUGGAAGGAC